GCCGGGAGUUGUAGUCCGGCGGGGAGGCCCCGCCGGUUGCUACGGGCCAUGGCGGCGGCGGGGGCCCCGGCGGGUGUCGCGGGGCGCUCCAAGGUGGCUCCGAGCGUGGACUUCGACCACAGCUGCUCGGACAGCGUGGAGUACCUCACCCUCAACUUCGGGCCCUUCGAGACCGUGCACCGCUGGCGCCGCCUCCCGCCCUGCGACGAGUUCGUGGGGGCCCGGCGCAGCAAGCACACCGUGGUGGCCUACCGGGACGCCAUCUACGUCUUCGGCGGGGACAACGGGAAGACGAUGCUGAAUGACCUGCUGCGCUUCGACGUGAAGGACUGCUCGUGGUGCAGGGCUUUUACCACGGGGACCCCGCCAGCACCACGGUAUCACCACUCAGCUGUGGUCUAUGGGAGCAGCAUGUUUGUGUUUGGUGGCUAUACUGGAGACAUUUAUUCCAAUUCCAACCUGAAGAAUAAAAAUGAUCUCUUUGAAUAUAAGUUUGCAACUGGACAAUGGACAGAGUGGAAGACUGAAGGAAGGUUACCAGUUGCGAGGUCAGCUCACGGUGCAACAGUGUACAGUGAUAAGCUGUGGAUCUUUGCGGGAUACGAUGGCAACGCACGGUUAAAUGAUAUGUGGACAAUUGGCCUACAGGACAGAGAGCUAACAUGUUGGGAAGAGAUUGAACAAAGCGGUGAGAUCCCUCCUUCAUGCUGUAAUUUUCCCGUGGCUGUUUGCAAAGACAAGAUGUUUGUUUUCUCUGGCCAGAGUGGAGCAAAGAUUACCAAUAAUCUCUUUCAGUUUGAAUUCAAGGAAAAAAUCUGGACACGAAUUCCUACUGAGCACUUGCUGCGGGGCUCCCCUCCUCCUCCACAGCGGCGGUACGGCCACACAAUGGUGGCAUUUGACCGGCAUCUCUACGUGUUUGGUGGUGCUGCGGACAACACGCUGCCCAACGAACUUCACUGCUAUGACGUGGACUCUCAGACCUGGGAGGUCAUCCAACCCAGCCCGGACAGUGAGUUACCCAGUGGGCGACUUUUCCAUGCUGCAGCUGUUAUCUCAGAUGCUAUGUACAUCUUUGGCGGGACAGUGGACAACAACAUUAGAAGUGGAGAAAUGUACAGGUUCCAGUUUUCCUGUUACCCAAAAUGCACUCUACAUGAAGAUUAUGGGAGGCUAUGGGAAAACAGGCAGUUCAGUGACUUGGAGUUUGUUUUGGGAGAGAAGGAGGAACGGGUCCGAGGACAUACUGCAAUUGUUACAGCUCGCUGCAAGUGGUUGAAAAAGAAAAUCAUGCAGGCGAGGGAGAGAUUGAAACAAAAAUCAAAGCAAGAUAUUGAAGAUGAGGGACAUCCAACGUGUCAGAAGGAUGGGAUUGGUGGCAAUGUCAAAUUGUGUCGCCUGCAGCCGCUGCUGGAAGUGCCCAUCCGAGAGGCUGAAGCGCAACCCUUCGAGGUGCUCAUGCAGUUUCUGUAUACGGACAAAAUAAAAUACCCUCGCAAAGGUCAUGUGCAGGACGUGCUGCUUAUUAUGGAUGUGUACAAACUAGCCUUAAACUUCAAGCUCUCUCGACUGGAACAGCUCUGCCUUCAGUAUAUUGAAGCAUCUGUAGAUCUGCAGAAUGUGCUCAUUGUGUGUGAAAAUGCUAACAAGCUUCAGCUGGAUCAACUAAAGGAACAUUGCCUGAACUUUGUGGUGAAAGAAUCACAUUUUAAUCAGGUAAUCAUGAUGAAGGAGUUUGAACACCUUUCUUCAUCCCUCAUAGUGGAGAUUGUACGGAGAAAGCAGCAACCUCCUGUUCGAACACAUUCCGAUCAGCCGCUUGACAUUGGAACUUCUUUAAUUCAGGACAUGAAGGCUUACCUUGAAGGAGCUGGGAUUGAAUUCUGUGAUAUCAUCCUCCUCUUGGACGGCCACCCACGGCCAGCCCACAAAGCAAUCCUAGCAGCCCGCUCCAGUUACUUUGAAGCCAUGUUCCGUUCCUUCAUGCCAGAAGAUGGGCAAGUGAAUAUUUCUAUAGGUGAAAUGGUUCCCAGCAAACAAGCAUUUGAAUCUAUGCUUAGAUAUAUUUAUUACGGAGAAGUAAACAUGCCUCCUGAAGACUCCCUCUACCUCUUUGCUGCACCUUACUACUACGGCUUCUCCAACAACAGACUGCAGGCGUACUGUAAGCAGAACCUAGAAAUGAAUGUUACAGUGGAGAACGUACUCCAGAUUUUGGAGGCAGCGGACAAGACCCAAGCCCUGGACAUGAAGAGGCACUGUCUGCACAUCAUCGUUCACCAGUUCACCAAGGUCUCCAAGUUGCCAAACCUCCGCUCCCUAAGUCAGCCACUCCUUCUUGACAUCAUAGAGUCGUUAGCUAACCACAUAUCAGACAAGCAGUGUGCAGAGCUGGGCUCAGACAUAUGACAUGCUUUGGUAAACCGGACUUUCCAUUGUUUUUUGUCUCAAAAAUCUAACAUUUUACAGCUGACUCUCUUUUUACUGUUCCGUACUGAGCUGCUCGUAGUGCCUACACAGUAUAGCAGCAGACGGCCAAGAGGAGCGUGGACAGCUGACUUACUCUCCCGUGGAUUUGCUUGGUUUGUGCCUUCAUGGAGAAGGGUUUGGUCUCCGUUACACAAAUUGAAACCACUAAGGAAUUAAUUAAUUCCACAUAGUUUGGGGGUAACUAAGGUCUGAAUCAAGCCCGUUAUUGCUCCUAUAUACUGUAAAGUAAAAGCAGUCACAAGUGAGAGAGUCAUUAAUAUUUUGAAACACGGUAUUUAAAGGAUACUAUUUAAGGAACUUCAGCUGAAACAGCCCGGGGCUGUAAGUGGAAGUCAGAUAUAACAAAACUGGAAGCAGAGAGCGUGGUGUCAGCAGUGAAGCUGACUGUUGGACCAGACUGUAGUGACUUUUCAGAGACUCCCCAUGGUAUGGAUUAAAAGAUAAGCCCCUUUGCAACUGCCUGGAUUGGUGGGCUGCAGGAAGCCCAGGCCUGUGCUCUGCUGCAGGUCAAACUAGAAGAUUACAGCGUUCCUUUCUGACCAUCAAAUCCAUUAAUCCUGUCUCACUAAGCCUUUCGGUAUCAAUAUAUUAAUAAAGAGUUAACAUCAUCUCCCUGCA